CUCUAGGGCGUUGAAGGAUCAGAAACAAAAACAAGAAGAAGGAAAGAGAUCGGAGAUCAGAGGAGACAGUCUCACUUCGUACUUUAGAUUUUUUAUUUUCUUAUAAUAAUUAUUAUUAUGUGUGGUAGGAUGAGGGCAGCCAUGUUCGGAUGUGUGCCCUGGUGAGCUGUGUGUAGUCACCGAUCGUGUCUUAGAUGUGGACUGGAUAUGUCCCCCCAAUAAAGUGACAAGACUCCCCUCUGCUUAUGUAACACCCGGACACCCUGGGAAGAUCCAAUAUGAAGGAUUUAGCAGCCCUGGAUAACACCAGCAACGAGGCCUUUAAACUUCUCAAGCAACUGAAUGUGCAUUUGGAACAAGAAUACAAGUACCAGCCUAAAGAGAAAGGCUUGAUCCUUAUAGAGUCCACUGCAGAGAAUGAUAAUACAAUCUGUCCAAAAUCCAGAAAUGCAGAGGUAGAAGACUUGUGGAGUUUAACAAACUUCUAUGGCUUCCGUAUGGAGACCUUUGUCCUGGCUGUGAACAUCUUGGAUCGGUUUUUGGCUAUCAUGAAAGUGAAGCCAAAGCACUUGUCCUGUAUUGGUGUCUGCUGCUUCCAACUGGCGGCCAGAGCUGUAGAGGAGGAAUGCAAUAUCCCAUCCACUCAUGAUGUCAUCCGCAUCAGUCAAUGUAAAUGCACUGCGUCCGAUAUUAAACGUAUGGAGAAAAUCAUAUCCGAAAAACUGCACUUUGAAUUCAAAGCUACCACUGCCUUAACCUUCUUGCACUUAUAUCACACUUUAGUACUCUGCCAUUCCUCUGAGAGGAAAGAAGUAAUAAACCUUGACAAACUGGAAGCUCAGCUGAAAGCUUGCAACUGCCGGCUCAUUUUUUCCAAAGCAAAACCCUCAGUGUUAGCCUUGUGCCUUCUUACUCUCGAAGUAGAAACCUUGAAGUCUCUGGAACUGUUUGAGAUAGCUUUGCAUGUACAGAAACAUUCAAAGGUAAAGGACACAGACAUGCUCUAUUGGAGAGAGCUUGUUUCCCAAUGCCUAGCAGAUUAUUCGUCCCCAGAAUGCUCCAAACCGGACCAUAAGAAGCUUGUAUGGAUUGUAUCCAGACGUACUGCACAGAAUCUUCAUAACAGUUAUUACAGUGUUCCAGAAUUGCCAACCAUUCCAGAGUAUGGGUUUAUGAAAAGUGAGAGUGAGGACUCGUGUGAAGAUAUGAGCAGUGGGGAAGAUAGUCUGAGCAGCUCUCCACCAAGUGACCUUGAGGUUUCCUUCUUUUUUGAUGACUACAAGCCAAAACUCAAACGUCGUAGUCGUCACCUCUAUCCUUUGUAACAAAGGGCAUUAUACUUUGUAUGCAUGUGGUGAAAUUGUACUAAAAGAUGUUGUGAAUGAAAGAGGUCAUUUGUUUCACAAAUUUAGAGCUUAGUUUUAAAUGCCUACAGGAGUUAAUCGAUCUUAAAGGCCAACAAAGCAACCAAUUGUAAUGCCAUUUAUGAAUCUAAAUUGAGUAGUCCUUGAUUUGCUGCUAAAACUGCAUAUUCAGGUUUUACUUUUUUCUUUUUGUGCGGAUCAUUUACUGUAUUGUAAGCUACUUUAUAUGGAGCCGUUCUCCCAUUCGUUUAACUUUUUAAUUCCAUAGUUGCAGUUUUAGCUUGGCGCUUAAAUUAUUUUUAUUAUUUUUUUCCCGUAUUAAGAAGAUUUUGUGAAUUUGCUGUACUUGUGUUAUGUUAGUGUUGUCUCUCCUACAUUCCAUAGCAAUAUUAAUAUUUUAACUACCUAUGUAAAGAAUUCAGACCUUUAUUAGUUUAAUCUUCUACUUUUCCUUGCAUUAUCCCUGCUUGUUUGUCUAGUAUUGUAAAACGGCUAUACUAGACAUAACUGCGAUCUUCUUCUAUUAGAACCAACAAAUGGGAACUGGCUCGUCAACAUUGCCUUAGCUUAUGUGGCAGCUUCUGAAAUCAUGAGGAGAGAGUAUGGCCUCGUACACACCAGCGGACAGUCCGAUGAAAACAGUCCACCGGACCGUUUUCAU